AUGGAUUUUAAUAAUAUAAACAAUACCAAUAAUGUAAAUAAUUUUAAUACACCAUUGUUAGAAAAAAUUUUAAAACUACAAAAACCAAAUUUAGGAGCUUUAUUAAAUAGUAAUAUAAAUAAUAAUAAUAAUAAUAAUAAAAAUAAUAUCAAUAAUAAUAAAAACUAUUGCCAUAUUCAGCAUAAUCAAUUAAAUGAUAUUUUAAAUUGUCUAAAUGAACUAUUAAUCAAGUUUCAAUCCAAAGCAUAUUUAUCACCACCACAACAACCAUUAUCUUCAUCGUCAUCAACUACCACCACUACCUCCUCCUCUACCAAUACUUUAAACUCUUCAAACUCAUCAGUAUCAUCAGCAUCAUCAAUAUCAUCAACCUCCUCAUCAGCCUCUAUAGUUAUACCUACUGAAGUUUUAAUUAGAGUUUUAAUAAAAUUUUGUAGUGUUAUCCCAACAGAUAUAAAUUAUCAUAGAAUUCAAAUUUACUCAUCACCGUUAAAUCUAUCUAUUAUACAACUACCUCUAAAACUAGCGCAAUUGGUAAUUUUAAUAUCCAGACAUCAAAACUCAAUAUCAUUUUCAGAUAAUACCAACGACUUGGAAGCAUUGGUAAACUUUUUUUUAUUUAUUAUUAAAACAGAUAAACCGCCACAACCAACACCAAUACAACAACAACCACCAAUUAACAAUAGCAAUACUGUAAACAUAAAUUUAAGAAUAGAAUCAUUGAAAGCUUUAUCAUCACUUCUUCAUAACAAUGGACCACAUAUUUCAAAUAGAUUACAACAGCCAUUAGUGGAUUGUUUAUUAGAGCUAUCUAAUUUUACAGACUCAUCAAUAGAUCAAGAAUCCAAAAGAAUUGCAACUGUAUCAUUAGGAAAUCUUUGUAUGCAAAGUGGUACAAAACUAUCAAAAUAUUAUAUUUCAAUUUUUGAUAGAUUAUUUUCAAAUUUAGAGAGGGUCACAUCACUGUUAAAUACUGAUAAAUAUUUAAUUAAAGCAAAAGGAAUUUUAGAUCAAAGAGCAAAAUCAUUAUAUAAUAUAUUAAAAACAUUAAUGUUUUAUGGUGUGAAUAUCGCAUCAUCGACAUCACAAGUAUUAGUGUAUCAAUAUCAAUUUGACUAUUUAUCGAGAAAAAAGAAAUCACAUCACCAUUCACCAACAAAUUCUGAGGGUGGCAGUAACGAAGUUGAAAGGUCAACGGGUUUAACAAGCUCUGAUUCAGAUAUUGAUGAAAGAUACAACCUAUCAAAACUAAGAUUUCUCACCAUAACACUACUAAACACAAUGGUUAAACACUCACCAAAAGUAUUUUUUGGAUACUGGUCACUAUUUUUACCAUCAACACCUUUCCCACUAACUCCAACUGUAUUUACAUCAAUGCUAAAUGACCCAGAUAUUAAAAUUAAAAUUGCAUCAGCAAAUUUACUUCAAACCAUAAUAGACGGAUCGAAAGAUUUCCUGGUUGCUGUAAAUUCAAUAAAACCACCCUCACCAAAUUUUAAUAGUACACCAACUCAUACUUCAACCUCAGUAACCUAUUCACCAAUUUUAUCAAGAUUAAAUAAAAACACAAGCAAUAAUAAUAAUAAUAAUAGUAACAGCAAUUAUCAAAUCAAUUCACCAGUUUUAACAACACAUACACACAGUUCAUUUACAACAUUCUCACAAAAUUUAACAUCAAUUUUAAGAGAAAUUCAUAAUGGCUUAAUAAAUAUUUUAAACCAAGAUCCCAAUUUAAUUUUACCAUCAUUCCACCAACAAAUUUUAAGAUGUGUUUCAACAUUAAUUGUCAACUGUCCAUAUGAAAAACUAAAUUCACCAAGUUUAUUAAUAAAUCUAUUUACUUCAAUAACGCCCUAUGUUCAACAUAAAGAUCAAUCCAUUCAACUUAUAGCAUUAAUUUGCAUAAAACAAUUAUUUGAUAUUACACCUUUAUCACCAAAAGAAUUAAACCCAAUUUUAUAUAACAAUUCAGAUUCUACUAGUAAAAAUAAUAACUCAAUUUUAACAAUAAUUUUAGGUUUUUUAAUAAAUGAUACAUCAUUAACAAUAAAUAUCAAUAACAAUAAUGACCUCAUACCCCAACCUUUACCUCUACCAUCAUCAUCAAACAAUCAAAUGGAGUCAAUUAAAAUAGAAUCAAUUCAAAUAUUUGGGGCAUUAACAAAACAUUGUUUUAGUAUAUUUAUAAACUAUGCUGAAAAAGUUUAUAAUACUUUAUUUUCAAUUUUAAAUAAGGAAAUUACCAAUCAUUUAAAUAAUAGCAAUAAUAACGCCAAUAGUGGGGGUAGUAGUUCCUCAUCGUCACUAUUAAUCGAUAUACCCCUAUCGAAUUACUGUUUAAAAACAUUUGAUGAAAUUACAAAAGCAAUUCAUGAUGCUCAUAAAACAAAUUUCGAAUUUGAUAACAAUAUAGUUGAAAUUCAAUUUUGGAAUUUAUUUUUUAAUAUUUUACCAUCACUAACAAUUGAUCCAUUACCACAAAUUAGAUCAUCCAUUUGCAAUAUAUUUUCAAAUAUCACCUCGACUCAAUUUGAUAGGAUGAAAAAAAAUCAACAAAUGCAUUUAGUUAGUGUAGUUUUGGGUUUAAUUUUUGACGAUUCACAUAUUGUAAGGGCCUCUGCAUGUAGGGCAGUUGGUAUUUUAAUUAAAAUUGAAUCACUUCAUGAUGAUGCUACUUUUCUUUCAAAUGCAGCCUCAUGCCUUACUAAAUCAAUGGGCGAUGUAAAUAUAAAUGUUAAAAUUAAAGCCUGUUGGUCAUUAGCAAAUUUAUGUGACCACUUAGUUUCAUUAAAAUCAAACGAAACAGUUUUUAAUGAUAUACCGCAACAAAUCCUAUCAAAGGUUUUAGAAUCAUUAUUAAAUAGUAGUUUUGAUAAUCCUAAAAUUAGAAGUAAUGUUGUUAGAGCUUUGGGAAAUUUUGCCAGAUUUGCUGGUAAAAGUGUAUUAUACAAUGUAAAUGAAACAAGUACUUUUAUCAAGGUAUUAGGGAAUAGCAAUAUAACAGGUCCAAUUGGUGGUAAUGAAGAGUUGAACAAUAAUAACGAUAAUAAUAUAAAUAAUAAUCAAGAAAAUAUAAAUAACAAUGAUGAUAUUAAUAAAAACAAUAAUUUUGAUGAAAAUAUAAUAAAUCAAAAAUUACCACCACAAUUUUUAAACUCAACAACAUUAAAAAAAGAUGCAAUUAUAUUGGAUAGAAUUGUAGAUUCAUUAUUAAAAAAUGCUCAAGAACCAUCAAGCUCAUUCAAUUUUGUUAAGGUUAAAUGGAAUGCUUGCUAUGCCCUAGGCAAUAUAUUUUAUAAUCCUGAAAUCGAAUUUCCCGAUAAAUAUGGCAGCUGCGAUAAAUGGCUACCCCAAAUCUAUCAUACUUUAAUUGGUUUAAUGAAGACAUGCAAAAACUUUAAAACUAGAAUCAAUGCAACCGCAUCAUUGGCAACCCAGACCCACACCCGAUUAAAAUAUUCAAGUUUCUAUAGAGAGGUAUUAGAGGCUGUGAUAGACUCUUUAAAAAACAUCAACAGUGUUAGUGAUACUUCAGAAUUUCAAUAUCGUGAUAAUUUGGAAAAACAAUUGGAAAUUGCUUUAAUUCAUAUGGUGAGUGAAAUGAAAUUUGAUGAAAUUACAUCCUUUAGCGAUAUCUUUUUUAAUGAUACCGAUAUCAUUGUAACAAGUUUUCAAAAACACCAAAUUAUACUUCCAUCAAUCGCUCCAAACACAACGACAAAUACCAACAAACCAAUCCCGCCAUUACCAAUCGAAACCGAUACUCCAUCUAGCACACCAAUAAUUUCAUCAACUGCCCCACCAAUUACAAGCUCUGCAAACUCAAAUAUCGACAGACCAACAUUAAAAGAAUAUCAAAAAGCCAUAGAUGUAAUCAAAGAGUUUUGUAAACUAUAUAACAAUAUGGAUCCAAAUGAUCCUAAAAAAUUACAAUUAUCACAACUUUGUUUAUUGUUUGAUUUCUCUGAAUCAAAUUACCAAAGAUUUUAUUCAAAAUUACAACAAUUCCAUCUCAACAAUAAUUAA